CCCUUUCUCCUGCAGCGAUGGAUGCCGCUCUGCUCCUGAACGUGGAAGGGGUCAAGAAAACCAUUCUGCACGGGGGCACGGGCGAGCUCCCAAACUUCAUCACCGGAUCCCGAGUGAUCUUUCAUUUCCGCACCAUGAAAUGUGAUGAGGAGCGGACAGUCAUUGACGACAGUCGGCAGGUGGGCCAGCCCAUGCACAUCAUCAUCGGAAACAUGUUCAAGCUCGAGGUUUGGGAGAUCCUGCUUACCUCCAUGCGGGUGCACGAGGUGGCCGAGUUCUGGUGCGACACCAUCCACACGGGGGUCUACCCCAUCCUGUCCCGGAGCCUGAGGCAGAUGGCCCAGGGCAAGGACCCCACAGAGUGGCACGUGCACACAUGCGGGCUGGCCAACAUGUUCGCCUACCACACGCUGGGCUAUGAGGACCUGGACGAGCUGCAGAAGGAGCCUCAGCCUCUGGUCUUUGUGAUUGAGCUGCUGCAGAGGGAGACCUGGAACCUGAGCAAUCAUGAGAAGAUGAAGGCGGUGCCCGUCCUCCACGGAGAGGGAAAUCGGCUCUUCAAGCUGGGCCGCUACGAGGAGGCCUCUUCCAAGUACCAGGAGGCCAUCAUCUGCCUAAGGAACCUGCAGACCAAGGAGAAGCCGUGGGAGGUGCAGUGGCUGAAGCUGGAGAAGAUGAUCAAUACUCUGAUCCUCAACUACUGCCAGUGCCUGCUGAAGAAGGAGGAGUACUAUGAGGUGCUGGAGCACACCAGUGACAUUCUCCGGCACCACCCAGGUGCGCGGGGCUGCAGGGGCGGACAGUGAGGGGGCGCCCAGCCCAGGGCCACGGAGACACCUGCCAUAGCCUUCCUGGACUUUUCUUUCCACCCCACCAGGGCACCAAACCUUGUCUCCACCCAGCCGGGUUUCCCCGAGUGUGUAACUGAAUUGUGGGCGAUGGAUGGGCAGUGCUUGGCGCGGGGCGGCCCUUUAUUUUAAUGUGUGUUUGAACACUUACCCAGGAAGCUCGCCAAGUUUGUGAUUUCAGCAGAACGGUAAACAGGCGUUUAAAAAAGAGGGGCAACCAAUAUAGAGAAAAAUAUUAUGAUGUCGAUACUAGUACUGGUGUUGCGAGGAUAUGGCACCGUCAGUACUAGCAUUGACUUAAUGCUCGAAUCGUGCUCACAGUAAAAACAUCCAGCCCCUGGCUCAUGCAUCAGGCACACGUCGUCUGCGUUUAUUAUCUCAUUUAAUCCUUAUAAUCCUCAUAAUUACCAUAUGAGGGAGGUGCAGGGAAAGGGCCUGAAGGUUAUCUAAUUUAGGUAGCGUCUAUAAGAAAAAUAAAACAAAGUUAUGAAUAUAAAAUUAGUCACAGGGCCUUAAAAAGGAGAGGAAGAGGUACUGCUAUUAUGAUCAUCAUCUCCAUCUUACAGGUGAGGAAACCGAGGGAUGGGGGAUACAGAGAGGUUAAGGAUCAUGGCGGGGCUGAGGGUCUUGGAGGCUGGUGAGUCCCAGCUGGGCUGGGGCUGCCUCUGAGGCUGGGAAGGGAGCUGUAGCUGGAUGCUCCCUGCUCCCCACAGGCAUCGUGAAGGCCUACUACGUGCGUGCCCGGGCUCACGCAGAGGUGUGGAAUGAGGCCGAGGCCAAGGCGGACCUCCAGAAAGUGCUGGAGCUGGAGCCGUCCAUGCAGAAGGCGGUGCGCAGGGAGCUGAGGCUGCUGGAGAACCGCAUGGCGGAGAAGCAGGAGGAGGAGCGGCUGCGCUGCCGGAACAUGCUGAGCCAGGGUGCCACGCAGCCUCCCGCAGAGCCACCCACAGAGCCACCCGCACAGUCAUCCACAGAGCCACCCACAGCACCAUCUGCAGAGCUGUCCUCAGGGCCACCUGCAGAGCCAGCCCCAGAGCCACCCCCGUCCCCAGGGCACUCGCUGCAGCACUGAGCCCCCUGAGGCCCACAGCCACCCAGGCAGGGAGCAAGUGGCCUGGUCACUUCUGGUUCGAUUGACCAGGAUCGUGGUGUCACUUUUUAAAAUUUAAAAUUAAUUUUUGAAAUCAAAGUCAGACACACCCACGGUAAAAAAAAAAAAAAAUUCCAAGGGUACAGAAGAGCUUAUGAAUAAAAGUAGUUUUCUCCUCUACCCCUCUCA